UAGUUGAGUGGUCUCUCAGCAAUAAUCUUGCAUUCAAUGUCAGUAAGACUGAAGAACUGAUUGUGGACUUCAGAAAGGGUAAGACGAGGGAAGAACCACCUGUCAGAGAAGGAUCAGAAGUGGAAAGGGUGAGCAAUUUCGAGUUCCUGAGUGUCAAUAUCUCUGAGGAUCUAUCCUGGGCCCAACAAUUGAUGCAGCUACAAAGAAGGCACGACAGCAGCUAUAUUUCAUUAGGAACAUAGAACAGUACUGCACAGGAACAGGCCAUUCAGCCCACAAUGUUAUGCUGAACCAGCUAAAUGGCAAAUCAAAAACAACCAAACACUGAUCCCUCCUACCUACACUGUGUUGCCUUUAUGGCAGUUAUUUAGUUUAUAAUAUUUUCGCUUAGUAAUUCGUUUGUUAGCAUUUUGGUUAAAGUUAAGAUUGUUUAAAGUAAAUUCGUUGUCUGUGAUAUAUCAUGGCAUGUGAUGACGUCACAUCCGGUUUCGCCGCGUCCUGUGGGAAAAUACCGGUUUGGAGAAACGGGAAGGAGGGGGCCACACAUGUGCGAGUCCAGCGCAAGAAAGGUUGUCUUUCUACGCAUGAGAAACAUAGUGAGGCAACGCCUUCGGCGUUCCAUUACACCCGAGCGAGAACACUACAGUGAAAAGGCGGCAUUAUCAGGUGUUUCAAUUGCUACAAUGACAACUUGAUCCAACAUCAAAUUGUUGCCAUCCAGCGACAGGGGCAGUAGGGCAUCAUCAAGUAAGGUCGCCCACGCAAGAGCUAAAGCAGAAUUCACCAAGGUACGAGUGCGCUACGCCAAAUGAGAAGCAAAAUUGAAAAUGGAAGCGGCUGCCAGAGAAACCGAAAACUGAAUGGAAAAAGCUGCCAGAGAAGCUGAAAACCAGAAGGAAGCGGCUGCCAGAGAAACCAAAAACAGUUGGAAAGGGCAAGGAUAGCGUCAGAGUUAGAAGUGCUGAUGCUACACCGAGAAGCAGAAGUUGCCAGGGUGGAAGCAGAGUUAAUAGAAGAUGCUGAAGAAAUGCAUGAUCUGGUUGACAUAAAAUCUACUUCAGAAAAGAUCAGAUUGGAACGCACAAGCGACUAUGUCCAAUCUCAAAUAGACUGGAAGAUUCGUUCUUCCUCUCCAUACUUAUACGCUCAUGCCCCACGUCAUGAGGAGUCUCAGAGAGACCCAACUGCAUCACAUCCAUCCGAGGAAGACAAUUUACCCUUGCAACUCUGCAAUGAAUUCAAGAACGAAAGGGCAGAUGACAAAUACUUCUCGACACCAAACUUACCAGAUCUGGCGAGAAGAGAGGCAAAGGCUGAAUUCAGAACAGCAAAUUCCAUAACAGAUGUAUACCCUCGGUCAUAUACCCACCGACAUAUUUCCCCAGGCCGCAUGCCACUUGCAAUUGAACCGACGAGAUCUCGUCACUUCGGGACUGUACCAGUUCGACGAUAAACCUGAAAAUUACCGUGCAUGGUACUCCACAUUCACCAACGCUAUCGACGGAGUCCAGCUCAGAGCAACCCAAGAGUUGGAUCUUAUAGCGAAAUGGCUGGGAAAAGAAUCAUGCGAACAGGUGAGACGCAUAUGCUCAGUGUACAUCAACAACCCCGAGCUAGCCUUAAGCAAAGCAUGGGAGAGACUUCAGGAGGGCUAUGCGGCCCCCGAAAUUAUUGAAGCGGCGCUAUACCGACGUCUGGAAAAUUUUCCUAAGGUGUCAGCCAAGGACCACAUUAAGUUAAGGGAGCUCGGAGAUUUACUCAUGGAGAUUCAAGGCGCCAAAGAAGAUGGCUACUCAACUGGUCUAGUAUACCUAGAUACUCCAUCCGGGAUUAGACAAAUCGUGGACAAACUUCCAUUUGGGCUGCAGGACAGGUGGGUGUCUGUUGCCUCAGAGUACAAAGAAGACCACAAUGGUCGAUUUCCUCCCUUUGAGUAUUUCACUAGGUUUGUACGCAAGGAGGCGAAGAAGCGAAACGACCCUAGCAUCAUGGGUCCAGGAAGCAGUACAAUUUACACCAAGCCAGAUAAAUCCUCUUUGAAUAAUUUCAACAUUAAUAAACCUGUCUCAGUGCUUAAGACUGAAGUCUUUACAACUAACAACGACCCUCGCAAGAAUUGUCCAUUGCAUAACAAACCCCAGCCCCUCAGAAAAUGCAGAACGUUUAGGGAAAAACCCCUUGAAGAGAGGAUGACCCUUCUCAAGGAGAAAAGAAUAUGUUUUAAAUGCUGUUCCUCAACCUCUCACUUUGCUAGAGAGUGUACGAUCGCCGUGAAGUGUCCGGAAUGUGAUAGCACUAAUCACAAUGGGGCCAUGCAUCCCGGCCUGUCACCGCAAACCGACAACACUCCUUCACCCCCACAACAGGAUGGCGGGGAGGAGAGGCUCACUCCAGGACAACUGUUGUCAGCUCGAACUGCACAGAAGUUUGCGGUCAAGCUCAGUCAAGCCGUUCUUGUUCAAAGAUCUGCCUCAUGAAGGUGUACCCUAAGGGAGCCAAAGACAAGGCCAUCAAAGCCUAUGUAAUUCUGGAUGACCAGAGCAAUCACUCACUAGUCAGUCCAGAGUUCUUUAACUUGUUCAACAUUGAGAGUGAGCAGUUCCCAUACUACCUUAGAACUUGCUCAGGCGACAUGGAAACUUAUGGAAGGAAGGCAGAAGGCUUCCAGCUCGAGUCCCUGGAUGGUAAAGUCGUCAUCUGUCUCCCUCCACUCUUAGAGUUCAAUGAGAUUUUGAAGAACCGCACUGAGAUCCCGACGCCAAGUGCAGUGCUACACCAGCCACAUCUCCACCACAUCGCCAAACACAUCCCAGAACUGGAUCCAACAGCAGAAAUACUCCUGCUAUUAGGAAGAGAUGUUCUUCAGGUGCACAAGGUCAGGCAGCAGGUCAAUGGACCACAUAACGCCCCCUUUGCGUAACGCCUGGAUCUGGGCUGGGUGGUGAUAGGAGAGGUGUGCCCUGGCAAUGUACACAAACCGACGGUUAGCACACUCAAGACCAAUGUGCUAGAGAGUGGCCGCCAUUCAAUUUUUCAACCCUGCACAAGUGUCACGUGUAUUAAGGGAGCACGACAAGGCUUUAACAAACGUAAAGUAACUGAUGAGACGCUGGGUCAGUCAGUCUUCACUCAAACUGAGCAUGAUAAUAAACUUGUUCCAUCAGAUCAAGAUGCCAUUUUCUUAAAAACAAAGGACACCAAGGUCUUCAGAGAUGAAGCAAAUAAUGGGGUUGCCCCACUGCCUUUCAGAGAACCACGCCAGUGCUUACCAAACAACAAAGAGCAGGCAGUCAAGCAGUUUACGUCCUUGCAAAAAACCCUGAAAAGGAAACCUGAGAUGCAGCAACGCAUCCGAUUGACCCACGAGGUACUGUGCACACUAAUGGCAGAGGUCACAGCCAUUAUAAAUGCACGACCACUCCUACCUGUGUCUUCUGACCCGGAAAACCCCUUCAUACUCUCGUCAUCAAUGCUCCUUACGCAAAAGGCAGGAGCUCCCCCUCCACCAGGGGACUUCUGCGAUAAGGAUUUGUACUUAAAGCUAUGGAGACAGGUCCAGGCUCUGGCAAAUCGGUUCUGGUCUCGUUGGAGACAGGAAUAUCUACCUUUGUUGCAACACAGACAAAAGUGGACAGAAUCCUGCAGGAAUCUUCAAGUUGGAGAUUUAGUCCUGCUCAGGGACAAGCAAAUCGCCCGCAACUGCUGGCCAAUGGCCAGAAUCACUGCUACAUUCCCUAGCAGGGAUGGACAUGUCAGGAAGGUUGAGUUGAAAACUACCGACCAAGGCGAUGUGAAAAUUUACCAAAGGCCAGUUACAGAAGUCAUUCUACUUCUACCUAAGGACUGAUUAGAGACUGAAGUUUGUAUUAUGUUCAUUGUGACCUUACGAAGGUCAAGCGGGGAG